AUGGGCCAGAAACAUAAUAGACGACGUACAAGACCCCGCUCCCGCAAUCGUUCAAAUGCUCCUCUGAACCAAAAUCCUCCACCCAUCGUGGCCCUUGCCCAUCAGUUACCUUGCGAUCCUAGACGUUCACAUACCCCUAUAUUUAGCCCAUCCCCAUAUCCAGUACUGUCUUCUCAGCAACCACUGCUAGCCCAACAAUGGCAGAAUCAGUACGCUGCAUGGCAGAACCGCGACUGUCGACAGAUGCAGGAGGCCGCAAGGAUGGAGGCUGAUCAAUUCCGUUUGUUUGGAGGCGAACCAGGAGAUGAUGUAGCCUUGUGUUAUCGCAUGCUAGAAUACUUUGGUGGCCUCGAUUAUAUUGAUUCGUGA